AUGACACGACCUAUCCGCACUCAGCGCAUAUGGCUUGUAAGAGAUGCCCAAAAGCAUGGCGAAUCAGUUGAAAACCAGAAUGCCAAUAAUGGCUUCACAACGGCGCUAUUCGGGGUGCUCUUCACGCUCGCCAAAGAAAAAUACAGUGAUAGCUGGAAGGUUGCUGUCUUGACGGUGAUUGUGGACUUCUUACUGAUUAUGGCGAUUAUGUUCAACCUGGAAUACCCGUGGGCCGUUGACCCCCACAACGGGAUAUUCAAGUUUUUCUACAUGAUUGAAAUACACAAACCCCUGUCGACAGCUGGUUACAAGUUCUAUGUGAUCGUUUUCUACCUGCUGUCCGCCAUGUUGUAUGUUUCCGUUGCCAUCUGCGUCUGGGUGGCCUGGUGCUUUAAAAACGACUCCUUCCCCUACUUAUGGCCCAUCAAGUUCGUGCGCGUGGUGGCCAGCUUGUUCUUCGGCAUGCUGUACAUCGCCGCGCUCAACAUUUUCCUCGUCAUCAUCGAAUGCGCGCCGGAGCACGGCGUCUGGAUGCAGCACAUCUGGCACAAGCCGGGGACCGGAUCCCGGGGAGUCCGCACGGAUCGUUGGUUGGGUACGGCUGCAUUUAACAACCUCCUUACCGGAAUCAGGCCGCCAGGACCUGGCGGCGCAUGGCAGCGGGGGUGCGGCUGCCUCAUUUUUGCAGUGGCGGCGCUGCUGCUGGUAAUUGCGGAUCACGAGUUGCAGCCCAUGUCUCGCAGUUUGUUGGCGGCCCCCCACAGCAUGACGGAGCUGAAGGCCCAGUUGGCCAAGACGGUCAUCACGGUGGUGGAUGUGCUGCUGUGGGAUUACCCGCGCGUGCAGGGAGUUGUGUUUGCCCUCUGUACGGGAGCCACGUUCUACUUCCACUUGAAGCAGCUUCCGUACUACACCUCCUGGAUGAACAGCUUCCGGCUGUGUUUCUUUGCGGCGCAUGCCUGGGUGGGGUUGCACCUGGGUGUGUUGGUGUUCCUUGUCAAGUCCCACAAGGCCAAGAAAGGCAGUCUAGGCUUCAUUCUGUGGCAAACCGAGAACCUCGAAACGGCUCAGAGCAUUACAAACUCGAUGCUGUACGGCCUGCCUGUCGUAUUCUUCGGAGCUGGCCUCCUGGGUGCCAUCCGGCUGUAUUACUUUUUCCGGGUCGCUCUCAAAUUCCAGAUCCUGCAGCAGCAGCCCAACCUGUAUUCGAAGCGCGUGCACCGCUUCUCCGAUGACAAGGAGGUGGAGAUCUGCUCCCGCAUCGCCCGCGUGUGGGACGAGGACGGGAAUCUGGACCAGCAGUGCCUGGACCUUGCGGAGACGAUUCUGAGAGCAGGCAUACAGCAAUUUCCCAAGUCGCCGUACCUUCACAUCGUCUACGCCAACUUGCUGAUUGAAUGCCGCCAACAGCUGCAGAGCGGCUGGUCGCAGCUGGAGGAGGCUCGUCGCAUGCCUCUGAACCUGUCGUACCGCUUCUCCAUUUUCACUCGGGAGCAAGAGCAUAAGCAGAAGGCGGCGGUCAGCAGCAGCGGCGAGAGCGCCGCGGAUCUGGUGUCGUACGUCGAGUUCCAACGGAAUUACCGCUUGAUUCAGUCGUACCAUAAGGCCGCACUCCUGUCAAUGCGGGAGUUCUGGCGCCUGCUGUUGUACGACGCCGUCAAUAUGAACUCGCUGACGUCAGCUUUCCGCAAGAUCGAGCAGAUGGAGCGUUUGGCGGAUAAGACGUACAAAAUGGUUUUGGAGCGCUAUCCCAAGGCCGUCAAGCUACUACGCAGCUACGCGCUUUUCUUGGAGACGAUUAAGAAUGACCCGUGGACCGCGGCGCAGUUUUACACAGAGGCGGAGAAACAGGAGGAGGCCUUGGAGAACGCGGAGCACGACCUGGCGGGCGAGGAGGGCCUCACCAUGCGCAACUCCGCCAUCGUCACCAUCAACGCCAUGGGCAUUAUCCAGAUGGCCAACAAGCACGCCAACAAGAUGCUGGGCUACAGCAAGGGCGAGCUGGAGGGCAAGAACGUGUCCUGCCUCAUGCCACAGCCCUUCUCCGCCCGCCACAACACCUACCUCCGUAACUACGUCACCACGGGGAAGGCCAAGAUCUUGGACGAGCUACGCGAGGUGGUGGCACUUCACCGAGACCGGUACGUGUUCCCCAUCAAGAUUCUGGUGUCCAAGUCACAAGGCACCGGCGCAGACGCAAUCUUCAUGGGCCUUCUCAAGGAGGUGGAGGCCGAUCCCAGCCAGAUCAAGGCCUGGCUCAUGCCCAACGGCGUGACGCUCUGUGCCGACUUGUCCUUCACAGACUAUGCGGGUUGGGCCCCAAACGAUCUCAUUGGAAAGCCAUUCAACUCCAUCGCGGUCGAUCCGGUCGCAGUUGACAGGCUGCUGGAAAAAGCCAUGAAGGCCACUGAGGAGGAGCUGGCGGAGGGUUUAUUAAACCUUGGAUGUGGAGGGGCUCCGGCCUCGUUUGAAGAGCAGCGCCCAGUCCCGGCAUAUGCCGGCCGGCGUUUCGUUGGGCUAAACCGUUGGGCGACCGAUAUCAUGCUCACGCACAAGUUCGCUGAGGACGUGCCGGUCACGGUUCGCGUGGAGCUCGGUGGCACUUCCGACCAGCGGCUACUGGUCCUCAACAUGACUCGUGUGGGCGAGGUGACCCCCACUAUGGUUCUCGACCACCACGGCCGAGUGCUCUUCGCCAACCAGGCGCUGUGCUCGCUGCUGGGUACCCGGCCCAAGGACAUGCGCGGUCGCGACCUGGGCACUCUCAUGCCGCAGCCCUUUGGUUACCUACACCACCGCUGGAUAAAGGACGCGGAGGUGUCGCUGUCGUCAAAGCCGCCGCCGUCCAGCUGCCGUGCGGGUGCCGUACACAGCUUGGUGUCGUCCAAUGGCGUACAUGUGCCCGUACGCAUGGUCAUCACAUCCAGAGAGUUGCCUGGCGGCUUCCAUGUCAACAUCGUACGCGCCACCCGCGUCACCGUGGACGAAGCCCUGGACGACCAGCGGCUCAACAUCACCACAGACCAACACGGCCACAUCAUCAGCGUGUUUGGGUACCCUCCGGAGAAUUUACUGGGCCGCAAAUUAUACGAGGCGGUGGAUAUCUUCCUGGACUGGCAUAGCCAAGGUCUGCACACAGACCGCCAACUGAGCCACCGACGUAGCAUGAGGCGAAAUGCGACUAUGCUGCGCCAGUCACUGCCCAAAUGGCGCGCGGCUAUCAUGCAAGUCAUGGGUCCAGAGCAUACGGCCACCGGUACGCACUACACCGUAAAGCUGUGGCGUCCCGAGCUGCUGAGCGGCGUUCUGGAGAUGAACGAGAAGAUGGUGGUGGUCAAGGCCGAUUCGGCUGCAGGCCUUAUCUUUGGCGUACCGUCGUACACCAUGAGCCAGCAGCCCCUGUCGCGGUUUCUGAAGCUCGGACCACCUGGUAGCAACAGCGCGCGAAAUCUGGUAGGAGUGGCAGGGGAGCGGGACAACCGCGUCUCCACUGCUGCGAGUGCGGAGGGCGGUGCGGGUCGCGGUGGCGGCGGCGUUGGCGGCGUUGGCGGCGGCGGGGAGACCGCAGCUGCGGCGCCGCUCAUUACGAAGGAGUCCCUGUUGGGAAAUCAUCACGUCAAGGGCGGUAUGAAGGGCGGCAAGCUGGCGCACAAGACAGGUCCACGUCGCAUCUUCGAGGCGCGCCAUGCGGACGGCAUGCCGCUGCAGAUUUCCUUUCAGGUCGCCCUGAAGAACGGCACCAGCAACACCCGCCUCAUGGCUGCCAUCAAGCCGCUCAAUCUCAUCAAGGGCAAUGUGGCCGUACUGUACGCAGCGAUGCGCGGCGAAGACCUGGACCAAUACACCAUUGAGGAUGGAACCAAAACCCUCGGCACUGCCGCUGCCGCGGCAGCGGCAGCGACGGAGCCGCCUGCAGCGGCACCACUGUCUUUCAAGGCGCCGUCUGACUUGUCGGCUCGCGCCGCGGGUGUAGCUCCCGGGAUUUCUUCGGCCAUGACGUUGGCAACGACGAAUGUGGGUGUAGGCUCACUCGGCACACGCAGUGACGAACCCACAGCCGCCGCAGCAGCAGCAGCAGCUGCUGUAGCUGCAGCGGCGACCAAGAUGGCGUUCGACAGCAACGGCGGUAGGCCGCAGUCGUCGGAUGUGCACUGCAGCCGCAAGUUCCUGACGAGGGAGUGGGAUCACGUGCUUCACGUGGAUCCAGAGGAGGUCCCCAUUCCGCACGAUGCCGAUUACGAUAUCGAGCAUCACUGGGGCGAUGAGAAGGACAUGACGGUGUCCAGCAGCUCCUCCAGCCAUGACGACGACGGCUCCGACAGCGAGGAGAGCGAUCACCACGUCGGCAGGAACACGGCGGGAGCUGCCGACAAGGUACUUGAGUUGGUUUGGGGUAGCGGGGGGCAGCUGGUGCUGAUGACCAGGGAGGAGGCCCUGCAGCGCAAGAAGACCAUGGCCGCCAUGGAGCCCGGCGAGCGAGCGCAGUACGUCAAAGGCGCGGAGCCGGUCGAUACGGAAGUCCACCGCAACAUCACUACUGCUUACAACGCCAACCCGUGGCGCGCUAGCGCUAGUCGACAGCUGUCCCGUGUGUUGGAAGUAGAGGAGGGAGCCGAUGGGGCCCGCGCACUGAUGUCGCCGCCGCGUGGUGGGGGACACCAUAGGCACGCCGCUGGCGGCGGCGCUGGCGGCGGCGGCGGCACCGCUGCCGCUGGAGCCAAAGGCGCGGCCACGGCGGCGGCGGGGGCUCAGGACGAUGCGCUGGAUCCAGAUGAUCAGCUCAUGACGUUGGACGAGCUGGCGGCUGAGGUUGAGCAGCAGGAGGAGAAGAGUGAGGAGGAGGAAGGGGAGGGCGACGGCGACGCCGACGGCGACGCUGGCGGCGGGCAGCAAGAGGGUGCUGGCGGCGGCGGCGGCCGCCGUCGCCACGGUGCGCAUGGGGCGCGGGGCGAGGAGGACGAGGAGGAGGAAGGUGGUGGCGGCGGCGGCGGCCGCCAUUCGCACGCCGCCACGGCUGGCAGAUCGUCCGUGGGGCACGGGCACAAGGGCGGCGGCGGGGUUAAGGACGACGCGUCAAGCGUGGCGGGACAUUCUGCAGUUGACAGCAGCGGCAUGAGUCGCGGCCGGCGGCUGAAGCGCCUCUUGAAGCUGCUUUCCGGCCAGAAGGUGAGUGUGGUGGCGGUGGCGGUGGCGGUGGCGGUGGCGGUGGCGGUGGCGGUGGCGGUGGCGGUGGCGGUGGCGGUGGCGGUGGCGAUGCAAAUGGUCGUCACGUGCCAUCUGGGUUUCGCAGCGAGUUCGUACCACCGUACACACGGGGUCAGUCGCGGUGUGUCCCGCCUGCGAAUGCACGUGCUGAUCGUGAUCGGCGCCAUGAUGCUGGUGCACACGGUUUGCUUCAUGCUGGUCAUCAUAUACAUUAACAAGCAGAAGCAGUUCAUCACGGAGAUCUCCGCAGCAGGUGAGGCCAUCGACCGUACAUUCUACACCGCCAUGUACACUCGCGCCAUCGAGGCGGCCACUCGCUUUGCGGGCUUCUCUCCGUCCCACAUAUCCUCCCUGGAGUCCCGUCUCACUGCUGACGUGGACCGACUGGAGUACCUGCACCAGGGGCUCUACCUGGGCUUCAGCAACCUCCGCCGCUCCGCAAGCACCCGUCUGAAUAACCUUUGGGACCUGAAGCAAUGCGACUUCAUCUCGGCGGUUCGCGAGGUGGCCUUCUACGCGGCUGCGAACAAGCUGGUCGUACAGUCAAGCAACCCGACGGUGACGACGGCCACGUACGGCAUCAAUUCAACAAACGCAACGCUGGCGUCGUCGCCGCCGCCUAUGGUGGCAGUGGGCGCAGCGACCUCCAACGUCACACUCACACUCAACCGCUUCUGGUUGUUCGUGCGGGACAAUGCGGGCGAGAGCCUCUACACGGGCUACUUGCGGGUGCUGGAUACACUGCUGCUGCUGGCACAGGACAACAUCUCCAUGCUCAAGCUCAUCAUCAUCGCCCUCCUGCUGGUGGAGGGCUGCCUGGUGUGCUUCGCCGCGAUGGGCUACGUGUUCUGGCUGCUGUGGAAGGCAACACGCGCACGUGCGGCGCUGUUCACUGUCUUCCUGGUCAUUCCGCAAGGCCAAAUAAAGGCACUCGCGUCACGCCACAUCAAUACCGCACAAAGCGACGACGACAGCGACGACGACGAGAAAACCAAACAGGAGUCAGCGGAGCGUGACGGCGGCGGCGGCGGCGGCGGCGGCGGUAGUGACCAGAUGUCGGAAGCUGCGUCGGUGCUGUCUGGCGGCGGCGGCGGCCGUGGCGGCGGCGGCGGCGCCACGAGACGGAGCUUUACGACGGCGGCGUCGGCGGCGGCGGCGGCGGACCAUGAACGGGCACCAAACAACUCGGGGUCGGCGGCGGCAGGCGGGGCCCGUAGGGGCAUCACCUUCCUUGAGAACCCCAAGCGGAAGCCUCAUGCCGCCGCCAAGCAGUCCGAUACGGUGUUCGCCCGGGUCAGACAUGCCAUGAGCGGCGAGGUGACGGUGCCGGAGGUGGAGAAGACGGGCCGUCCCCGCCGCUUCUUCACUAAAAAGCGCCUCACCCACACCACCUCGGACAUCAAACACCUCGCCUGGCCGUUCCUGGCCUGGGGUGCCAUAAUCGUGGUCAUCUACCUUGUGUCGUACCUUCAGUUUACGAGUGUCGAGGAGUCGCUGGUCAAUCUUAAGAUGUUUGAGCGGUCAACGGCUCAGGCUUCUCGUACAAUGUACUACAUAAAUGAGCUGGCAUUGGAAAUGGACACGGCUCGUCAAGCGCUACUUCAGCCCAUCGUGGCCUCGGAAGCCUCCUGGCUUGAUACCGUAUACAGUACAACACUCUACGGCGGUCGUACACUGGCCGACAGCGAGAAAUUUGGCUCUCGCGAUCAGAACUCCGGCUCCCUGUUCGCUGCGGAGCACCAUGCGCAGCUGCUGUUCGCCUCCACGGCGUGUCUCCGGGGUUCCAGAGCGUCGUGUUUGUCGGAGAACGACCCCUUCUAUCAGGUGCACAGCUACCAGUCGGACGCCCUGGCGGCGUUUAAGGCGCAGGGGACUCUGCACACGGCGGUGUUCGCCAUCGCCUGGGUGCUUUGGGUGCUGUACCUGUGGCUGCUGCUGAAGCCCUACUUGCAGAUUUCCAGCACCGAAACCAAGCGUGUGGCUGAGAUGCUGUCCCAGCUGCCCCCAGAGCUGGAUGUGGAGGGCAUGGUGGAGGAGAGCUGGCUGGUGGUGGCGGAUACACAGCUAGAUCGCAGCGGGGCUGGCGGCGGCGGCGGCGGCGGGCAGGGGCGGCCGGGAGAGGGGGGCAAGGCGCGGCGCCUGUCCGUGUCCGACAUGGCCCUCAGCGUCUUCGCUGCCGUACGCAUUGCCUCCGCCAACGCGGCCCGGCGGCUGUCCGCCGCCAGUGUCACCUCGUCAGGCAGGGGCCGCGGGACCCUGCUCAAGGCCUCCGCUGCCGCCGCGGACGGCGGCAGUGGCGGCGCUGGCGGCGGCAGUGGAUCUGAGGAUGACCCACGGGUCGUCACGGGCCGUGGGAGCAGCCUGGGAAGCGAGGGCGGCCGGAGCCUGCUCAGCGCCAAACUGAAGGCGGCGCUCAAGGGUGUCGAUGGCAAGGCCCGGGACCUUGGCGGUGAUGAGGAUGAAGACGGUGGCGACGGCGACGGCGACGGCGACGGCAAAGCCGCCGUUAAGGGGGGCGGCCGAGGGAGCAGCGGCGGGCUAGCAGAUGCGCCGCAGACGUCUGUAUUGGACAGCGUCCUCUUCGCUCCGGGUGGUCCGGGUGCAGAGGCAGGUGCUGGUGUGACGCAUCGCGCUGCCGGGCGAGGCUCCCAGGUCUCCCCGGCGGAUUCUGCAUUGGAGGCGUCAAGGCGAGGGAGCACCGGCGGCGGCGGCGGCGGCGGCGUCCCGCGGCCCCAGGACAUCAAAACGCCGCCGAGUCGGGGCCCCGCCUCUAGCGGCCGACACAACAACCGUGUCGUACCAACGGUCAUCGACAGUCCGUCCGGCCACGGUAGCGGCAGCGGCAGCGGUCGCUUCGCCAUGGCGUCGCCGGUGGUGGCGGCGGUGGUGGCGGCGGCGGCGGGAUCGGCGGCGGUUGACGGCCAGACGCCGCUACCCGGGGAGGUGGACGACCCGCAGGUGACGGCGGCACGCGUGGGCAGCGCCAGUAGCUUGGUAAGCAAUAGCCCCAGCGGGCGAAUCCAUCGCACGCCCCCGUCGACGCCGCCGCCACCACCUCUGCUAGCGGCGCGCGAGAGCGGCAGUGGCGGCCUGGUUCGGGAUUCGCUGGCCGCUGGUAGCGGCAGCAGCAGCAGUCGGCCGCCGUCGGCGCUGGUGAUAACAACGUUGGCGGCGGCGGGUGGGUCAGGGGGGGAGGCAGAGUCGCUGCGUGUGAGGACACCAGCGUCGCCGUCGGGCGCGAUGGCGGCGGCGGCGGGUUCGCGGGUUAGCACGCCGACGCCCAUGUCACCCUCGUCCCCUGCACGGACGCCGACGGCGGCGAUUGCACCUCGACACUCGUGGAUGGGGACGACUGUUGGCGGCAGUGGCGGCGGCGGCGGCGGUAUCUCUGGGCCGGCGCCACAGUCCCCUGACCUCCGACGCAUCAGUGUUGACGCAGGCGGCCGGCCAUUGAGCCGGCUCGCAGUCUCCGCAGCUAACAUUGACCUCCCGCCGCCUCCUACCUUCAGCCGUACUGGCAGCGACAGCCACGGAGCCGCCGGAGCCGGCGCAGCUGUGGCGACUUUAUCCUCGCCCCUGUCCAAGUUGGCGAGCUUGAAUGCCGCCGUCGCUGCUGCUGCUGCUGCCGCUGCUGCUAGUUAUGAGACCACGGGCAGUAGCACCCUCCCGGCCGCCGCCGCCGCCGCCGCCGCCCCGCCGCGGAUCUGGUCGGCCAGCGGCGCUGACGGAGGCGUCGGAGGCGCUGACCGCCGCAGCCGGCGGCCGUCCUCCAGUACCGUCCUGGCGGAGCCGGAGGCGCCUGUGCCGACGGGGGUCAUCGGCGGCGGUGAAGGUGCGGCGGCGGCGGCGGCGGCGGCAGGAAGCGAGGCGGCGGAACCUGCUGCCGAGGUCGACGGAGCGACGCCAGCGGAGGUUCAGGAGGAGGCGCGUCCAGAGACGGCUGGUGGCCGCAGCGCCGACGCCGACGCCGGCGCCGGCGCCACGGCCGCGGCGGCGCCGCCACCGGUUCUACCUAGAAGUGCACUUCAGUCGCCGCAGGAACGUCGUUUAAGUUCAGCUGACAAGGCGGGUUCGCCGUUGCUAGCGGCGCAGGGGCCGCCGUCCUGA